GUGAAAGUUCAGCUGGUAACCGCGGGAAACGGAGUGUGUGUGUUUUACAGGCGUGGUAAACACGUCCAUAUUUAUCGUUCUCCCGUCUCCGCGCGGGUGAUUUUUUUUCAAACCCUGUCCGCCAUCAUGGAGCGGGACCCGGACCCGGACCCGGACCGGACCGUGGUGGUGUCCGGCGUCCCCGUGCGCGUCCUCCCCGCCGGCAGGACCGCGGACAAGCUGAUCAUCCACUUCCAGAGCCGGCGGAGGAGCCACGGCGGGGACGUGUCGUGGGUCACGUUCCCCACCAGCAUGGAGGGCGUCGCGUUCGUCACCUUCGACCGACCUGAAGACGCAGCGAGGGUGGUGAAGAAGGACCAGCAGGUCAUGACGGAUGCUGUUUUCCCCCAAGACUUCCCUCUGACCGUGUUCCCCUUCAGCACCGACGUGUAUUUCUACGUCUCGUCGGCCAGAGUCGACCUCUCGUCUCUGGACGGCGACCAGCCGGUGCUGCUGGAGGACCUUAGCUCCGCCCACCGCUCGCUCAGGUUCCGAAUGCUCCCCUGCCAGACGGCGGCCAUCGUGGAGGGGCCCCUCGCUGCCGUCCGGGCCCUCGGGGCCGACCUGCUCCUCCGCCGGGCCCCCGGGCGCCCCAACCCGACGGUACCCAAUCGCCUGAAGGUACCCUCAAAAACUGAGAGAUCCUCAGAGCCCGGCGGCAGGUUGGAGAGUCCAAACCUGGCGGGCUCUCAGUUCUUGACGCUGACAGUUUCCGGCGGGAAUCUACCUGCCAUGACCUACUGGGACAGUUUUGAAAAAAAAGACAAGCUCAAAACCUCCGCCGGAUCUAGAACUGAGUCGAUCGGCCGGCAGGUGGUCGGCGAGGAGUGCCAUCCAGGACUCGUACCGUCCUUCGCCGACCUGAACCUGAAUGGCGAGAAAGACAUCAACGCCAAAUCGUUGAAGGGUCCGAUCGGCGCCGAUUUGUCGUCCAAAGACCCAGACUGCCGGAGGGACGUCUGGCUCGACCUGCACACCUUCCGCUAUGUCCAGAAGUUCUUCCCCGACGAAUUGGACGGUUGCCUGGACGACGCCACGGCAACCGUCGGGUACCUGGAAGACUCGGACCUAGUGCUGGUCUCCCUGACGGACCAAGCCGCCGUAAAACUCCAGGACCUGAUGCUGUCCUGGCAGUCGCUGCUGAGCGUCUACCACGUAGACGGCGGCAAGACGGCAGCGGCGGCGGACGGCGGGCGGAAACUGGAGCGGAUCUGCCAAGAUCUGAGCUCCGCGGUCGAUAUGGUUCUCUACCAAGUUAAAGGUUCUCGUGUUAAAAUCAUCGGGCCGCCGGUGUUCAGCGGCCCGUUCUACAGGAAGCUGAAGGCCAGGAUUGAAGGAACUUCAUUGAAGGUGUAGUUCAGACUGUGACCACCAGGUGGAGGCGUUGCGCCUUUUAUAAAAACCUGCAAAUAUGCUGUGAAAUUCAUGUCUUUCCUCCUGUUUCCUGUUAGAAUCUGCCUCCCAGUGAUCCCUUGUUUUUCACAUUAAAAGACUUUCCAGUCUUGUUUUUCAGAUUGAGUUUCCAGUCUUCAUGUCUGCGUUUUGUUAACGAGAAGAAUUUUUCAGAGCAGCCGGCGCAACUUUUAAUUCACUUUCUUGCACCUUAAUUACCAAAAAAACCCCACAAAAUAAAUGGAAAAUAAAACAUAAAAUACAUAAAAUUGACCACAGAGACCUUAAAAACACUAUAGAAGUGCAAAGAUAGUCCACUAAGAGAUGUAAUAUUCACAAAAACAGGGAGAAACUGGAGACACAAAGAUAUCAAAUAUAAAAAAAAAAUAAAUGCAUAAAUCAGUAUAUAUAAUACAUUUUAUUUGUUGAAAUUAUUUUUCUAUAUUCUGUAUUAUUUAUUAUUUAUUUCAAUAAUUUCAAAGUGCUACGAAGCAGGAGAAGUGAGAAUAAUAAAGAAAAAAAAACUAAAAAAUUAAUUACAAAAAUACAAUGUCUCUUAAAGCAAGGGCAGGAAUUCAAGACAAUAUUAGAUAGAUGUAAUAUAGCCCCAAGAAGACAAGGUGAGAUGCAUUAUGAGCCUUAAAUUAGAAUAAGGUAAAAAAAAAAAGAAACUGCUAAGAAAUAAUCCUAAAUUGAUAUGAAUGUACAAAAAUUUGAGAAACAGCCAUAAAGAUGCAGUUUUCUUAAAUAUGAAAGACAUAUUCACAACAUCAUGUAAUAAAAUUGACAGGAUAAGAAGAAAAAUUGCAUUAAACUGUUGCUCAGAUUCAAAUAAAAACU